AUGUGUCAUUCAGAUAUUUUUCUGUUCCAGCUGCUGGAGGACAACAUGGUCACUUUUGUGAAGAACGAGCUGAAGAAGAUCCAGAAGGUUCUGAGUCCAGAUUACCCAGAAUGCUUAGAGAGUAAGAGGGAGGAUGAGGAGGUGUUGGAGGGUGAUGAUGAAGAGCAGAGGAGGAGCAGAGAGGCAUUGAUGAAGAUCACAGUUUACUUCCUGAGGAGGAUGAAGCAGGAGGAGCUGGCUGACCGUCUGCAGAGCAGACAAGUUGCAGCAGUUUGUCAUCGUAACCUUAAAUGUUGUGUGAAGAAGAGGUUCCAGUGUGUGUUUGAGGGGAUUGCUAAAGCAGGAAACCCAACCCUUCUGAAUGAGAUCUACACAGAGCUCUACAUCACAGAGGGAGGGACUGGAGAGGUCAAUGAUGAACAUGAGGUCAGACAGAUUGAAACAGCAUCCAGGAAACCACACACACCAGAAACAACCAUCAGACAAGAAGACAUCUUUAAACUCCCACCUGGAAGACAUGAACCAGUCAGAACAGUGAUGACAAAGGGAGUGGCUGGCAUUGGGAAAACAGUCUUAACACAGAAGUUCACUCUGGACUGGGCUGAAGACAAAGCCAACCAGGACAUCCACUUCAUGUUUCCAUUCACUUUCAGAGAGCUGAACGUGCUGAAAGAGAAGAAGUUCAGCUUGGUGGAACUUGUUCAUCACUUCUUUACUGAAACCAAAGAAAUGUGCAGCUUUGAAGACUUCCAGCUUGUGUUCAUCUUUGAUGGUCUGGAUGAGUGUCGACUUCCUCUGGACUUCCACAACAAUCAGAUCCUGACUGAUGUUACAGAGUCCACCUCAGUGGAUGUGCUGCUGACAAACCUCAUCAGGGGGAAACUGCUUCCCUCUGCUCGCCUCUGGAUAACCACACGACCUGCAGCAGCCAAUCAGAUCCCUGCUGAGUGUGUUGGCAUGGUGACAGAGGUCAGAGGCUUCACUGACCCACAGAAGGAGGAGUACUUCAGGAAGAGGUUCAGAGAUGAGGAGCAGGCCAGCAGGAUCAUCUCUCACAUCAAGACAUCACGAAGCCUCCACAUCAUGUGCCACAUCCCAGUCUUCUGCUGGAUCACUGCUACAGUUCUGGAGGACGUGUUGAAAAGCAGAGAGGGAGGAGAGCUGCCCAACACCCUGACUGAGAUGUACAUCCACUUCCUGCUGGUUCACACCAAAGUCAAGAAGGUCAAGUAUGAUGGAGGAGCUGAGACAGAUCCACUCUGGAGUCCAGAGAGCAGGAAGAUGAUUGAGUCUCUGGGAAAAGUGGCUUUUGAGCAGCUGCAGAAAGGAAACCUGAUCUUCUAUGAAUCAGACCUGACAGAGUGUGGCAUCGAUAUCAGAGCAGCCUCAGUGUACUCAGGAGUGUUCACACAGAUCUUUAAAGAGGAGAGAGGCCUGUACCAGGACAAGGUGUUCUGCUUCGUCCAUCUGAGCGUUCAGGAGUUUCUGGCUGCUCUUCAUGUCCAUCUGACCUUCAUCAACUCUGGGCUCAAUCUGAUGGAAGAAAAACAAAAAACAGUUUCUUUGUGGUCCAAGUUUUUUAAAAAUAUAAAUCUUAAUGAUCUCCAUCAGAGUGCUGUGAACCAGGCAUUACAGAGUCCAAAUGGACACCUGGACUUGUUCCUCCGGUUCCUCCUGGGUCUUUCACUGCAGACCAAUCAGACUCUCCUACGAGGCCUGCUGACACAGACAGGAAGUAGCUCACAGACCAAUCAGGAAACAGUCCAGUACAUCAAGUUUCUGAUCAGUAAGAAUCUGUCUGCAGAGAAAAGCAUCAAUCUGUUCCACUGUCUGAAUGAACUGAAUGAUGGUUCUCUAGUGGAGGAGAUCCAACAGUCUCUGAGUUCAGGAAGUCUCUCCACAGAUGAACUGUCUCCUGCUCACUGGUCAGCUCUGGUCUUCAUCUUACUGACAUCAGGAAAAGAUCUGGAUGUGUUUAACCUGCAUAAAUAUUCUGCUAAAAAGGAGCAUCUUCUGAGGCUGCUGCCAGUUCUCAAAGCCUCCAAAAAAGCAAAGUAA